CGCCUAAAUAAAUCGAGUGCAUCACGUCCCCUUUGCAGUGGCCUCCCCUUUCCCUCCGCACUCUCUUCAACUCCCCUCUAUUCUAUCUGCGAAUCUGCUUUGCGAAUCUUCCGCCUUCACUGUCCUCGCCGAUCAAUCGUCAGCUCCCGCCGCACGGGCCUGUGAUGUACCGUUAAGUGUAAAGUGAUGAGGCAUUGUAAGGAUUCAUUGAUCUCUAUUUUUCUUAAGUGCCCAAGAAAUUGGAUCAUUUCAUCACUGGUCAAGAACUUGGAUCAAUGUUGGAGCUAAUCAUUUGAGCAACAAAUGAUUGGAGGUUAUACUUUUGCGUGAGCCAUCUAUUUCUCUUCAAAGAGUGGAAGAGUAGCUGGAAAGAAGUUAACAUCAUGUCAGGUAGGAAAGAAACCGUUUUGGAUCUGGCCAAGUUUGUUGAUAAGGGCGUACAGGUCAAGCUUACAGGUGGAAGACAGGUAACAGGCACUCUAAAAGGGUACGAUCAAUUACUGAACCUAGUCUUGGAUGAAGCGAUAGAGUUUCUACGAGGUAUUCACUUUAUGAUAUGUCUUUGUGCUGCAGAUCCAGAUGAUCCACUGAAGACCACUGAUCAAACAAGGCGUCUUGGUCUAAUUGUGUGUAGGGGAACUGCAGUAAUGCUGGUAUCACCGACAGAUGGUACAGAUGAGAUUGCCAACCCAUUUGUCCAGCCAGAAGGAGCCUAAACUGCAAAUACACCUUGUUCAAUCUAGGAAUCUGCCUUCUAAAUGGAGAAAGUUUGUUAAGUUUGUGGAUUAAUCUCGCCACAAUGGGGUAUUGGAUUCUGGCAUCCAUCCAUGAAGUGAAAUUGUGGCAUAAAUAAUUAAUUUCCGUAUAUGCUGCAAUGCUCUCUUCUCUUGUAGUGGUCAAGAUUGCUGUGAUGUGUUUAGGAACUGCUGAAAUACUAAAAUCAACUCUCAUUUAGACAUGUAAGAAAUUAUAUGCUAUUAUUUACUAUAAACACAGUAUCUUUAAAUCA